AUGGCCGGCUCGCCCGGCGCCCCGCAUCGCACCACCGGCUCCACUUUGCUGCACCCGCUGAGCGGGCUGCUGGGCAUCCCGCUGGACCAGAUCAAUUUUGUAGCCUGUCAACUGUUUGCACUUUUGGCUGCAUUUUGGUUUCGUAUUUACUUGGGUCCCAGUCAUGCCAGCUCUGCUGUUCGCCAUGCGUUUGCCACCCUCUUUGGAAUCUAUUUUGCUGUCUUCUGCUUUGGGUGGUAUUCCAUUCAUCUUUUUGUCCUGGUGAUGAUGAACUAUGGCAUUAUGAAUAUGGCAAGUAUUCCUAACAUCCACAGGUACUCCUUUGUCGUAGCUAUGGGAUACCUCACGUUGUGCCACAUAAGCCGAAUAUACAUAUUUCAUUAUGGUAUUCUCACUACAGAUUUUUCCGGAGGAUUAUGCUGUCCGCUGAUGAUAAUUACACAGAAGAUCACAACACUUGCUUGCCAGUUACAUGAUGGAAUAGGGCGACAAGCUGAGGAACUCACUGCUGAGCAAAAUCGCCUUGCUGUAAAGACAAGACCUUCUUUAUUGGAGUAUUUAAGCUAUCUCCUCAAUUUUAUGAGCAUCAUAGCUGGGCCUUGCAGCAACUACAAGGAUUAUAUAGCCUUCAUUGAAGGGAGGCACGUGCACAUGAAACUGUUAGAAGUGAACUGGAAGCAGAAGGGUUAUGACAGACUUCCUGAUCCUUCUCCAACUGGAGCAGUGAUGUACAAGCUGUGUAUCACACUAGUAUCUCUCAUUUUAUUCUUGACACUUACCAAGAACUUUCCUAUGGCAUAUAUCAUUGAUAAUGAAUUUCUUGAUAAAACACCCUUCUUGUCAAGACUUGGUUACCUGUAUGUUGUAACACAGGCAGCAAAACCAAAGUAUUACUUUGCAUGGACAUUAGCAGAUGCAGUCAACAAUGCAGCUGGUUAUGGCUUCAGUGGAGUUGAUGAGAGGGGCAACUUCCGCUGGGAUCUGUUGUCCAAUUUAAAUAUCUGGAACAUCGAGACUGCAACAAGUUUUAAAAUGUACAUUGAAAACUGGAACAUUCAGACAGCUGCCUGGCUAAAACGCGUUUGCUAUGACAGAGCUCCCUGGUACCCAACGGCUUUAACAUUUAUCCUGUCGGCCCUGUGGCAUGGCAUCUAUCCUGGAUAUUAUUUUACGUUUCUCACUGGAAUCCUUAUCACACUCGCAGCCAGAGCAAUAAGGAGCAAUUGCAGACAUUACUUCCUCUCCUCAGUGCCUCUCAAGAUAGUCUACGACCUUGUUACCUGGGUUGUCACUCAGCUGGCUGUGUGCUAUACUGUUGCACCGUUUGUUAUGCUGGCUGUUGAGCCCACAAUGAAGUUUUACAAGUCUAUGUAUUUUCAUAUGCACAUUCUAAGCAUCCUGGUGUUGCUCAUUUUACCAAUCAGACCUCAAGCCCACUCCAUAAGAAAGCCUCAAAAUCAGGCUGUGCAGAACUCUGUUAAAAACAAAGACAAAUGAUGCAUCCAUAGAAGAUUACCAGCUUCAGGAAACCAAGCUAUCAUGUUGGAAGCAAACAAAGAAGAAGAAAAAUGAGUGGGAUGAGGGUUGAAGAACAAGACAAGUGGCAUUUCUAAUGGUUAUCUUAAAAUCUUACUGGACAGGGCAUAAAAGAGCCUGAAUGACUGUUUUUCAACUUACUCCAGUUAGGAAAGAUUUUACAGGCAACGUUUACAGGCUCAUGGGGCAUUUUGAUUUUUUAAAAUAUUUUUAUGAAGCAUUUUUAUAUAUUUAAACUUUUUCACACAGAGAGGCAUUUUUGCUCUUUUACAGAAAUAUGCAAUUAUUAAUCAAUAAUCUUGUGAUUAGAGGGACAGGAAGCAGCUUGUAAAGAGCUAGACCAGCUGCCUGAUAGCCUGGUGCUGUGGGCAGCUGGCAGGGGAAACUUUUAAUCUCUUGGCUACAGAAGAGAGAUGGUGCAAGUAGAAGACUAUGGACUGGGGAUCACUGAAGGUGCUGGCACUACUUGUGCCUCAGCACAGAGAAGAGGGAGCAGACUUUCCCUGGCAAUACCCAAAGCAGGGACUGCAGCUUGAGCUUGGCAGCAAGGGUAUUUUUCAUCCUUCAACUUGACAUCUGCUGGCGAUGAGGGCAAGACAAGUUCUUUGGGAAUAAGUGUCUGGGAACACUGGCCACUGGCUAGGCCAAAAUCUAAAGCCAAGUAAAAGCAAAACAAAACAAAACAAAACCUUUUAAAGUAAAAUAAGGGAUGUACACCCUACGAUCUGUGGAGUUGUGCUUCUCUAAUGAUGCAGCUGGUGCAUCAUUAGAUGCAUUCAUUGCUACAUCUUCAUUGCUACAUCAGCCUUCCUUUGCAGUGUUGGAGUGAUGCAGCACUUCCAUUUGGGUGUCAAAAUAACUGAGGUGCCAUGCGGGUUUAGUGUUCUAAAGCUUGCUGUUACGAGUUAAAUCUGAGAAAGAUUUGUAAUGGAUCAGAAUGUUCUACUCAAAAACAUCCUGUCUCAUGGAGGGAGUUACUUUUCAGCAGGAUAACACUAAUAUGAAUCCUGAGCAGUAAUUAUUGUGGUCAUAAUAAAUCAUUCUGUAGAAGAUAUGGUGAUGCGAUGUGAUCAUCACAAGAGUCAAGACUGAGUCCUUUUAUGAUCUUGAUGGGUGACUUAGCCUGUUGAUCCAGGUUUCCCUGCUUGUAAAGUCCUUGGCUUACAGGGAUGUUUUGAGGCUUUAUUUCUGAGAGCUUGUUGUGCAUUGAGAUAACCUGCUGCAAAACACUGUGUCAGAGGUUUUUUUUGUCAUUUUUUUAAAAAUCCACUUACCCCAAUAAAACAGUCUGGUAAAACACAUCAAAACCAAACAAAACAUUUUUAAAAAUAUACUCUUUUCCAGGAAUGUUUUUGUCAGGCUUUUGUACAAGCAAUUCUCUUGUUAAAAUAUUGGAAUCACUUUUUGAUUGUUUAACUGGCAUGUGACUGAGCAAAGAAUCUGCUGCUUACUGGAUUCUGAAUUUGGUGUUAGAUUAAAAUUUUGUGGAAUCCAGAUAUUUUGGGAGGAAACAGAUUGGAAAACCAAAACAAGCUUCAAAAAAAUUGUUUGGUUGGUUGGUUUGGUUUUUUUUCUUUUUCUGGUGAGAAGUUUUUGUCCUGUGAUGACCUGAUGAUUUAGAGCAUAGUUCAUGGAAGAGUCUCUUUAGUAAUUUAUUUUGAAGGCGAGAUGGGAUUAAAAGGUUGAUCUGAGUCAAAAAAUUGCUUUGUGUCACUGUCUGACAUUAUUAGUGACAAACGUCUAAUGUGAAAAUGGAUGAGUGUGUGUGAGAUCCCUCACACUUGUGAGGGAAGAUGUUUGGGUCUGCUGGAUUUUACAGACUAGCCAAGCUUUACAUCCUGCUCCUGCUGAAACAGAGACAUGAGGACCCUUGUUCAUUUUUGUGGCACCUUUGUCCUCAACUUGGCCAGUCCGUAUUUGUCCUUGGGUCUCUUUUCUCCUUGUGGCACAGACUUACUUACAUCUUGGGCAUCUUACAUUUCCCUUGAGAAAAGGACAGUGCUGUCACUCAUGGGGAGGAACCGUGGUGCAUC